AUGGGAAGCGAAGAUGGACGGGCCGCGCUGGAGCCAAAGCCAGGCACGACGUCGGUGAGGCGGUGGGGAGCUGACACACGGGGCGGGUGCAGCGUGUGUAGCAGCAACGGCACAAGCGACUCCUUAAUAAUCGUCCUUGACGAGCAGCUUCAUCAACUGUCCACAUCAAAGAUGAAGCUCAGCAAGGCCCCCGAGCUCCUGAAGAAGGCGGUGACGGCGUUCAAGAGCAAGACCGACGCUCUGCGCACGAAGCUCAUCAUCCUGGCCUCUUUGCGCCGCAGGAUGGCGAUGGUCGGCGCGAUGUCUCGCAGGAUCCACGCGCUUGUGUCGUCGGACCAGGAGAAGCAGGCCAGGGUGGAGUACAGCGACAAGGCUCUCGUGCUGCGCAAGGCGAUGGCGGCUAGCAAGGAGCCAGCUGGUGAUCAUGAUGGAAAGAUUGAUCUUAAUCUCUUUAAGGUGGCAAUGUUUGACGAAGAUGAUCAUGGCUACCCGGACUGGACUCGUUCCCUCUUUGACGACGACAAUUGCUACAACGAGGAUGACGAGGUGGACGAUCAUGAAAAUCACGAUGUUCUUGAUGCCGCGCUCGACGAGCCCUCGGUCAUCGAGAUCAUCAGGAGCAACCGGGAGGUUGAAGGUUUGGAGUUCAACAUGGACGAUGAGAUUGACGAGGCUUGUGAUAUGUUCAUAAGGAGAUUCCGCAACCGGAUGAACCGGAGCUUUUAGCUGUCUCGUUUUGUUUACGUGAAUGAUGUAAUGAUGCAGAGAGUAGUACUGAUAAAUUAAGUAACAAUAUGUACUUGAGAGUUGAGAUAUAGUAGUGAUUAACUAGGGACGACAGGAAACGGAAUGAACUUGUUUUGAUGAAUGAAUAAGCAUAACUUUUUGUC